UGACUGCACCACCUCACUGGGCAGCCUGUGCCACUGCAGCACUGCUCUUGCUGAGAAGAAAUUAUUCCUAAUAUACAAUCUGAAACUCUCCUGGCACAACGUGAAACCAUUCACUUUUGUCCUAUCACUGUUAACCUGGGAGAAGAGGCUGACCUCCACCUCACCACAUCCUCCUUCCAGCUCCAUUCCCUCCAACUUCCUGGGUCCCUCAUGGUCCUGGCUCCCAACACCAACCUGCUCAGCUCUUGCUGUGCUAUGAUGAUUCUUGCACCUUUUUCUCCUAGGACAAACAUUUCACAAACAGGAAAUUGCUGCAAAAUAAUAUUGACACAGUUGUAAUAUGAUGGUCUCACACAGAAGAGCACAAACUGAGAGUUGUGAAAUGGACCCUGUGAAAAGUCUUUAUCUGUAGAAUUUGACUGAAGAAAGAUUUAGUUUUGGCCCCAACCAGGCUCAGCCCACACUGGUAAACUCAAAUAUAAGAUUAUCUGUUCUUUGCACUCCACUUGUCUGCACGGCAGCACAACUCCUGAUCUGCUCCAUACAACUUCAUUUCUGUAAACUCUAUCUACAGGACUGAGAGAAAAGUUCUACAAGAAGAUGCUUUUUAAUUUGAAGAACUUUUACCAUAUCACCAGAUUAAUACAGAACAGCAAGCAUUUGCCACAACAUUUUUGCUGUGGGCCACCAAAUCAAAUGAAUGUUUGUCUGAAAGGUCGUGACUUCCUUACUCUAGAGAACUACACAGCAGAUGAACUGAAGUAUUUGCUAUGGGUGGCCUCAGAUUUGAAACAAAGGAUAAAGGACAAAGGAGAGUGUUUGCCUUUGUUGCAAGGAAAAUCCUUGGCCAUGAUUUUUGAGAAGAGAAGCACAAGAACAAGAUUAGCUGCAGAAACAGGAUUUGCUCUCCUUGGAGGACAUCCUUCCUUCCUUACAAAACAAGACAUUCACCUGGGUACUAAUGAGAGUCUCACAGAUACAGCAAGGGUGCUGUCCAGCAUGACAAAUGCAAUCUUGGCUCGAGUUUAUAAGCAUAAUGAUUUGGACCUAAUGACGAAAGAAGCCACGAUCCCAAUAAUCAAUGGAUUGUCUGAUUUAUACCAUCCUCUCCAGAUUUUAGCUGAUUACCUAACGCUUCAGGAGCACUAUGGUGGUCUGAAUGGGCUCACCAUUGCCUGGAUUGGGGAUGGAAACAAUGUCCUCCACUCCAUCAUGACAAGUGCUGCAAAGCUGGGAAUGCAUCUCCACAUUGCAACUCCCAAGGGCUUUGAACCAGAUCUCAGAAUAACAAAAAUAAGUGAGCAGUACUCCAAAGAGUAUGGUACCAGGUUGCUUCUCACCAAAGAUCCUUUGGAAGCUGCAAAUGGUGCCAACGUUUUAGUUACGGAUACAUGGAUAAGCAUGGGGCAAGAAGAGGAAAAGAGAAAAAGACUGAAGGCAUUUCAAGGUUAUCAGAUUACGAUGCAGACGGUGAAAUCUGCUGCUUCCAACUGGACAUUCUUACACUGUUUACCAAGAAAACCCGAAGAAGUUGCUGAUGAAGUAUUUUAUUCUCCAAGAUCGCUGGUUUUCCAGGAGGCAGAAAACAGGAAAUGGACAAUUAUGGCUGUCAUGGUUUCUCUGCUGACAGAUUACUCACCACAGCUACAAAAGCCUACAUUUUGAUGCUUGGAUCCCAGCCAAGAAAAAAAACACAACAUAUUCCUCAUUGGCAGAAUAUUCUGGUCUGCAUAUACAUCGAUCUUCUUCAGAACGGAUCAAGGCAAUGAAUGAUUCUUUAAUAAAAUUGUAGGGCUGGCUUUGCUGAA